AUGCAAAGCGAAGAAUGGAAAAUUGUUCAGAAAAAAAAGACUCGACAACCAACAAUUAAUGUAUCGCCGAUGAUUAAGAAAAAUCAUAACUUUCAAUAUUUGAACCGAGAUUCUAAGAAAAAAGUUUAUGGUAAUAAUGUAACGCAGAUUUCGUCAAAGGAUGUGAUUUAUUUUAUCGAGGAAAAAAUGAAAGCAUUAAAUAAAAGUGUAUUUUUUAAAGAAUUGAAGGAAAUGAUUUAUUGUCAAUUUCUCCCACCAAAUCGUCCAACGCUGGUUGAUAUAGUAUGUUACGGAAUAGGGAGUAUCGAGAAAUCAAAUAAAUCGCAAUAUCAAUUUGCAUUAAUGUUGCUUUUUAAGAACAUAUUUCAGAUAACGGGAAAAGUAUAUGCGUAUGAUCCUGUUCUUUCACAAGUUGACAUUGAAGUCUUGACCCAUUAUAAUGUAGAAUCAAUCAAAAUCAACGAGAAAGCGAAGCGCAUUGUCACCAAUCAAACCUUAUUCUACAUGCCACAUUGUCCACUCGGAUUAUAUAAUAAUUUGAUCAAAGCAAAUUGGGAUAGAAUAAAACUAAAAGAUAUCAUUAUUGUUGGAAAUCGACUGGAAUUUUAUACAGAAAGGACCACAGCUUUUCUCGAAAGUAAAGCGCCUUAUAUAAUACCAAUAUCCUUUCUUAUGAUUCUCCAAAGUCUUCUCUUCCCUUCAACUACUAUUACAAUACCAGAUAACAUAUUUAAUGAUUUAUGUUGUCAAUGGUUUCCAAUCGAUAAGGUAGACGCGUAUGAAAGAGAUAGCGAAUUUUGGAUUUUGAAACAAGAAUUGGAUGAAGAUCCAGAAAUUAUCUAA